UGUAAGAAAACAAAUAUGGCGGAAGAUAAGAUAGGUUCAUUGGAAGAAGAAGCUUUAAAAAGAAAAGAACGUUUACAAGCUUUGAAGAAGAAGACUGAGGAAAAUAAAGAAAAUAAGACUGAAAAUGCUAGUAAAUUACCGAAACCAAAAUUUCGAAGUUAUAAACCACAGGAUGAAAGUCUCAAAGAUAAAGUAUUAGAAGAUGCGAAGCCAGGCAAUGUAGAAGAGGAAGUAAAAGAUCAAUUAAGUGCUGCAAAUACGAAAGUUGUUAUUGAAGAACUUGAUAUCAGCAAUCUUGCCCCUAGAAAACCAGAUUGGGAUUUAAAACGAGAUGUUGCUAAGAAAUUAGAAAAAUUAGAAAGGAGAACUCAAAAAGCAAUAGCAGAACUUAUAAGAGAACGUCUUAAACAAGGGCAGCAUGAUUUAGCUGCUGUGGUGAAUAUGGCAACCAAAGACCAAAUAGAAUCAUCAACUUAAUGUUAUUAAUAAUAUAAUUUUUAGAUAUAUAUAUAUGUAAUAUGUAUAUAUGUAUAUAUUUAAUUAUAAUAUUUAGAUAUUUUGUCUUAUAAAAUCUUUAUAAAAUAUUUUAUGAAAUUGUAAAAAAUUUU